AGCAAAAAACUAAAACAAAUCCUAGACACCAUAAAACACAAAAAAGAAACGAGGCAAUCAACAUUUAAAGUAAGUGAAUCAACCAAAACAAGAAGGACUGGAAGCGAGACAGUGAGCUGAGCUUCAGAUUGUUCUGCAUGUUGCAUGAUGUACACAAUGAGAAGAAGUGUCUCCAUCCCUUCUCUCCCGCAGGGCUGUGUUCUCUGUCUUCAUGUCUUCUCCAGCCUCCGUUUCUCUUCCUGAAAACAAAGAAAACCUGGUACGAGGCUCAGAAGUUCUGCAGAGAGAAGUGUCUGGACCUGGCCACCAUCGACGACAUGGCAGAGAUGGAAACACUCCUUGAAUCUGUUCGGGACCAAUACGAUGACGCCGCGUGGAUAGGACUUUGGAAAGGGACGAGGAAGACGUGGCACUGGUCUCUGGUGGACAAACAUCACGAGGGGGGAGAAAUCAAAUACCCGAUUUCGGGCACCAACAACUGUGGAAGUUAUAAACAGAAGAAACUGCUGUCAGACCACUGUGCAGACCGUAAAUAUUCUAUUUGCUUUGAUGGAAGUAAACGUGGAAGAGAUCGGUACGUUCUUAUUACAGAAGCUAAGAUUUGGACCGUUGCUCGAGACUUCUGCAGAACACACCACACAGACCUGGCCAGCGUGAGGAAUGAUACAGAGUAUCAGAUGAUCCAGGAAGUAGCCGGGGCCCGGCAGGUGUGGGUUGGCCUCUUCAAGGACAUCUGGCGGUGGUCCGACCAGACGAACUCCUCGUUUAGAUACUGGAAAGCAAGCCAAAUCAUUUAUUCUGAACCUAACGGAAAGUGUGGCGUUCUGUUGGAGAAGGAAUCUGGUCGAUGGGGAGAACGGCCAUGUGCACAAACACUCCCCUUCAUCUGCACAUGUGAGCUGAUGUUUAUUAUCUCCAUGUUGAAUAUCACCCAGCAAAUUCCUACCCGUGGCUCCAGCAGUGUGAAGUACUUCAAAGUGAGGAUCAGCUCACAGGACUCUGUGAGAAUGACUCCUGAAGAGCAAGAGGACAUCUUGAAGCAGAUCAAGCAGCGGCUGAGGGAGAGGGGUGUGGAAGUCUUCACACUACAAUGGACAACUCUGCCAGUUCUACAAACUACAAGGAACAACUAAUUAAUAAUAUUAGAAGUGGUUGUCUGCAAUGUGACAGAUGUCUAAAAUAAGUGGUCAUUUUCUUGAUGCAUUUGUUGCUAUAUUUAACACAUUUAAGCAUGUUUUAUCAGGACCAUGGGCCCUCACAUACUAACACAUUAUUAUCAUUAUGUAGCAGUUAUUUAGAUUAGUUUCGUAUAUUUAUAUGCAGUUAAUCAAACAUUAUCUUUAUAUAAUUUUAUCCUGCAAACCUCCAGGUCCUAAAAGUGAAGGCGUGCAGAAGUGCAUUAAACCUGCCUUCUCUCUAAUAUCCAGCAGGGGGCGACUCUUCUCAUAAAAAGAAGUCAGGUUAUAAACUACAGGAGGAGAAUGACCCUCAUAAAUAUUUUGUUAGUAUGUUU